AUGUCGGAACAGCUGGUAGAUCGCCGACAUAUCCUCAGCAAGUGGACUAACCCUGAUGCAGCAUAUCUGCUCAACCUUGGGGCUUCACUUCCCAACCAUCCAAAUGGUUAUGAAGUCCAGGUGUGGAAUUACAUGACAUUAAAUGAUGCUUAUUUGGUCCGCGGCGGGUUCCAGCCGCGCCUUCCGACUUCGCUGCCGCCCCCAGGGCAGCAGCAGCAGCCGUCGCCGCUACCACGCCGACAGCCCGUCCCGUUGAUGCCUCCCGCGCAGCUUCAUGCGGGAGCGCCCCGGGUGGUCGCUCCGGCGCCUGCGGUCCCUCUUCAGUCGCCACCGCCUUCGGAGCUGAUGGACGUCGACCCCUCAGCCGGGCCGCCUUCCCAAGCGGUGGCUGUGCAGCCUGUACUGCAGCCGCUUUCCUUGGGCACCCCCAAGGAGUCUGACACCGCAGCGCCUUGUCCGGCGCCCACUCAGCAGCCGUCGACGCAGCGUCAGGAGACGCUGCCUCUCUUCGUGGGUCCCGACGCCCCGUCGCGUCCAGUACCAGAAGCUGCGCCCGUGGUCACAGGCGUGCACCCUGACCUCGGUUUUCAGUCGAUGUUUCCCGAGGCCCCGCGCAGCCAAUGCUGGGGUGCGGACCGGGGACUGCCACCGACAACAGUCUCCGCCCCGGUCUCUUCUGCUACAAGAUGUCACACGGGCGAGCUGAUAUACAACGCGCAUCCGGCUACUUCAGCCAUGCAGCGGCCGCAGCAGCCCGUAGCAGACCAGACAGCCACACGCCUCUCCGCGCCGUAG